AUGAAAUCGCGGGCUCUAUUCACCAAGGGAGUUUCACACGCACUUGUCUCAGUUCGUCAUUGGGCUCUUCCCCAUUUAAUUAAUGCCAGUCGGUUUGGUAAUCCGGCUAUAAUUGCAGAUGAAUCUCGAUGUCCAACAUCGUGGACUUCUUCCGGAGACGUCUGUGUUAAGCCUUUCAUUCGGCCAUUGACGUCUGUGGAAGCUCAGCACAAAUGCAUGGCAGAAGGUGGCACUCUGUUUGAUUGCGAUCGUCCGGGUAUGGUGGACGAUGUGACAGAAAUUCUACGGAGCCUAUUCGACAAUGGGCUACUGGAAAGCACAUGGUUGGUGUCGAGACGAGGAGGCGAGGCACCAAGGGCGAUCGCUAGAACUGGGGACUUAUACAAGGUAAUUGACGUGCCUUCUUCGGCCGCAUUCCCCUUCAUAUGCUCUCUGACGACAAUUGGCAGGCGAUCUCUACUCAUCCAACAAACACUGUUAGAUGCAGGAGCUCCUCGCAUUGUUUCAUCGGCUCCAACCGAAGUCUUCUUUCAUUCUCGUGACGAUGCUGAUUAUGUCGUUCUGCCAUGUGCUGCAGAAGGCAACCCUCAGCCGGUGAUCACUUGGUUCAGGAAUGACAUCGAUGUAGUGGUACCUUCCGGUUCCAGUGUGCCAUAUCUGCUGUCUGGUGGAUCUCUGUUAGUUCCAGCCGAUCCAUCAUUAGCAUAUUCGUCGUUCCAUUGCACUGCAAAAAAUCGACACGGUGAAGUCAGAGGCCCGUCUAUACUACUGAAACCGGCAUUUCUGGAUUCGUUUCGAACACAUCGCGGUAGUGUCGUUCCGCUGUAUAAUGGUGGUGCAAAACUUGAAUGUGAUGCGCCAAAUCACCAACCGAUAAACCUGCUGGACCUGCUGGAGUCUCUUGUGUAA